AUCUAUGACAGAGGUAAUAAAUCUGUAUUACUCACCAACAUGGUAUCAGCAAUGUGGCAUGGUUACUAUCCUGGAUAUUACUUAUCCUUCCUUGUGGCUGGCCUAGGUACACUAGUUGGUCGUAAGUUACGGUUUAUCACCCAGAAUGCAUUCGAUAGCUCUCGUGUCAUGAAAAGCUCCUACACUGUACUCUGUAUCAUUGUCCUAUCUUUAAUGAGAGACUUCAACUUCAUAUCAUUCCAGCUGAUGUUCCUUGAAGACAUAUUCUUCAUUUGGAAGUGUUAUUAUUUUAUUCCGGUCAUUGGUCUCCUCUCAUUGUUCUUUUUCCUGCCCUCAGUCAAAAAGCAGAAAAGCACAUGAACAAUAAUGCUAGUGAAGGGUGUCAUCUCUAGAGAUGUAGAUUAUUAUUUAUUUUAUUUUAAGCUGUAAUAGAUAAUAUUAUAAUUAAUUUUAGUGCUUUUAAUUUAUUUUUCCAAUAAUAGUUUCAAUAUGUAUGUGGGUGUGGUCGAUUAGAUUGUAGCCCCGCCUAUUUGUGCUGGCAUGUCUUUUCAGAAGAGUCUUCACCCAGUUCUAGUCCCGCUAGUAGAGGAGUGCUUCAGAAAUGACAAGAUUAAUGGACAAGGCGGGAUGAUGGCUAUCACUGGAGUCAAAAGCAGUCUAAUUAACGGGCCUACAGAUAAGCUCUGUGAUCGUUUCACCGUCUCAGUCCCUUACUGUGGCUCUCACAUUAAAUGGGAGGUUAUAUUCAAUCACAAGUACCCAACUGAACCUCCUGAUAUUGUCUGGAGUGCAGACGACGAUAUAAAUAAUUUUGACCCUGAAAUCGAUAACUUGCAAUCACUUGUUGAUUGGAAUCACAAAGAUAAUCUCUCCCUCUCUCACCUACUUGAGGAGCUAUUAGAAGAAUACAGGCGACACCAUAAAUCCCUCAUCUCAUCUCACCAAAGACUCAACUUUGAAUAUAACACACUCAAAGAGAGCAACAUGUCAUUGAGUCAGAUUGACAUACACUGCCAACCACCUACCACCAAGCAAAGUGAACCAGUCACCACCUUCUACAUUAGACUCGAAGUGGAUUUCUCUACUUUACCUGCUUAUCUCUCAAAAGAUAAUCCUGGUGCUAGUUUUGCAGCAUUGACUGCUGUCUUUCAUCCACCAAAUGCCAGUAAAGUUGAUAUCAGUCUCUAUCUAUCACCUUCUAUUGAGAGGAUAUUGGGGAGUGCUGCUAAUAUUAAGCUUCCUAGUUGGAACAGUGAGGACUCUUACCUCAUGGACUAUGUCCCUAAUGUACACAAAAUACUCCAAGAAAAGGUUGAAGGUAUAGUACAGAACUUUGUAAGACGUAAAGAGUACAUUGCAGCACUGCUGGGUUUAAUGGGGCAAUCAGUACUGGAGUAUGAUACCGAGAGCUACAUGAAGAUUGCUUUUCUUUUUGAGUCAAAUCAAGGGUUUUGCUUCAUUGCACACUUAAAUUUGACUGAAGCUUUUCCCAGUGAAGUCCCCAUUCUCUCUCUCUACUCUAUUUAUCAUAAAUAUGAUGGGCGACCAUUUCAAUACAUAUUGGAGGGUAUGCCUUAUAGCUCUCAUUGGGACGCUGAAGAGAAAGCAUGGAGAAUGAAGACCCACAUUGCUCAAGUUAUUCCAAAGUUUAUGGAGAUUUGUAAAACAUCAGGAGAACUUUUAUAGUAACACAUUUUUGUGCUAAUUAUCUUAUCACUUCCCACACUACUAAUUAUUCUUAAUUUCUCUAGUAAUUCAAAAAAAUAAAAUUUUGUUCACAUCACAUGCACUAGUUUAUUCUUUGUUGCUGCAAUCUCUACUGCAGACUG